AUGUCGAGUUCUGUCUGUCUUCUUGCUCUUUCUCUUCUGCUGGUGAUUGGAAACUAUGACCAUGUACGAUUCUUUGUAUACGGUGUGGUUGAUGAAUAUGGAAGAGAUGAUUUUCCCGCUGAAUUCGUUUUUGGUGCAGGAACCUCUGCUUAUCAGGUUGAAGGAGCAGUGCUGGAAGAUGGAAGGAGUUUAAGCAUUUGGGACACGUUUGUUCACUCAGGGUUCCCGUUGUACAAUGGACCAAAUGGAGACAUAGCAUGUGAUGGGUAUCAUAAAUACAAGGAAGACAUUGAACUUAUGGCAGACACAGGCUUGGAAGCAUUUAGAUUUUCUAUCUCUUGGUCCAGACUCAUCCCAAAUGGAAGAGGAUCCAUCAAUGUAAAGGGCUUACAAUUCUACAAUGAUUUCAUCAACAGGCUUAUUGGCCAUGGAAUACAACCACAUGUCACAUUAAAUCAUUUCGAUCUACCCCAAAUACUUGAAGAUGAAUACAGAGGAUGGCUUAGUAGAAAAUCAGUGAAAGACUUUGUUGCAUAUGCUGACGUUUGCUUCAGAGAAUUUGGUGAUAGGGUUUCGCACUGGACUACUCUGAAUGAACCCAAUGCAUUGGCUUUAGGUGGUUAUGAUGUGGGUGUGACACCUCCUGGACGUUGUUCUUUCCCAUUUGGGGAAUUUAACUGUAGCGAAGGUGACUCUACCACCGAGCCAUACCUUGCAGCUCACCAUAUGCUGCUGGCACAUGCAUCAGCUGUAAGAUUGUACUGGGAAAAAUACUCGGUUGUGCAACAUGGUUCUGUUGGAAUGGAUCUCAUGGCCACAUGGUUUGAACCUUAUACAAACACAAUAGAAGAUAUCAAAGCCACCGAAAGAGUCAUGGCCUUCAAUUUGGGUUGGUUUUUAAAUCCUUUGGUAAAUGGGGAAUACCCAAAAAUAAUGAAGAAGAAUGCAGGAAACCGAAUUCCAACUUUUACCAAACUUGAAUCAGAAACAAUCAAGGGUUCAUUCGACUUCAUAGGCAUAAACCACUAUGGCAUAGCAUAUGUGAAGGACCACCCCAGUAGUCUUGAAAUGGACAAUAGGGAUGCUAUUGAAGACACAGCAGCAACUCUUAUAUACAGUGGAGGUGAAAUCAUACCCAGUCAGUUUCCGGUGAUUCCAUUAACUCUCCAAAAGCUACUUAACUUUUUGAAGGACGAAUACGGAAAUCCUUCUGUCUACAUCCACGAAAAUGGACAAGUACAACAACAUAAUGGAUCAUUGAUAGACACCCCAAGGGUAGAGUACCUGCAUGCUUAUAUAGGUUCUGUAUUGGAUGCACUAAGGAAUGGAUCAAACACACAUGGAUAUUUUGUAUGGUCCUUCUUGGACCUCUUUGAGAUGGAUGGAUAUAAUUCUAGUUUUGGUAUGUAUUAUGUUGACAGGGAUGACAAGGAGUUGACACGAUAUCCUAAGUUGUCUUCACAAUGGUAUGGAAACUUUUUAAAGGGAAAGAACCCUAAAUGCAUAAAUCUAGACAUGAAAGUAAAAGACUCUUUCUAUUCUUAG